GUAUCCUGCAACGAAACACAACUUCAAGCACUGCCUUCUCAUCAGUGCUGUAGCUGACCAUGUUGGCAGUUUUAACUCUGGCCUCCCUGAGCCUCAUGGUGUGGGCGUCUGACCUCUGCCCCCCAGCCUGCCAAUGUGAAAAACACCUGACCAGUAUUGGUUGUCAGGGGAGAGGACUGGACCAGAUCCCUGAGCUGCCAGAGGUCACAGAGAAGCUCUACGUCUCAUACAACGAGAUACAGGAAAUACCUACGCGUGGGCUGGAGAAGCUGCAGGUCCUGGAUCUGACUAAGAACCAGCUGAAUGUCUUCCUAUCCCUCAACCCAGUUUGGCCCAAUAUGACAAACCUGUCUAAGCUCUUCCUACGCAACAAUGGACUGAAGUCUCUGCACCCUGGUCAGUUCCUAGAGUGCCCUGCUCUCACCUUACUGGACCUGAGCGAGAACCAGAUUGAAUAUUUACCGAACGGAUUCCUCCAUGGAUUAGGUAAUCUGAAGACACUGUAUUUGCACUUUAACCAGAUUCAAAUGUUACAGGUUGGUGGCUUGGAAGGAGCCGUCGCCCUCGCUGACCUCAAUCUUAGCCAUAAUAAUAUAACAAAGAUAGAGGAAGGUGUGUUCAACAACUCCUCUGUGCUCAAGAAACUUGUUCUGUCCAGAAACCGAAUCACAAGUGUGGAUGAGGCCUGCUUCAGAGGAGCGACAGGUCUCCAACAACUGGACCUGAGUGGCAACAUGCUGAUCACUGUUCCAACUGAGGCACUGAAGGAUGUAAACAGGCUCAUGUAUGUGUAUCUACAGAUGAACAGUAUCAUCAGCCUUCCAGAGGAUUGCUUCUCCUCAUUGGCCCUGCUGGUUUAUCUGGACUUGAGCAACAACAAACUGACCACUCUGUCUGAGGGUUCACUAAGAGGCCUGACCAUGUUGCGAGAGCUGGGCCUCAGUACCAACCUCAUAGAUUCUCUUCCUUCUAAAGUUUUCAACGACUUGAUCAGCCUUGAAUUACUUGAUUUAUACAGGAACAAACUGACAUCCCUUCCUCUGGACAUAUUCAGGAACUUGAACAACCUACAAGAACUGCAGCUGGACAACAAUCAGAUCUUUGCCUUACCAGUUGGGGGGUUUGAUCCGCUGUCCAGACUCAAAGAGCUACAUCUGUCAAACAACCGCAUCCUGAAGCUCCAAGACUCUCUGUUCAACAAGCUCAAGUCCCUGCAGAACCUGUACUUGGAGAACAAUGCUCUGAAACACCUUCCUAAAGGCCUUUUCCACAAGAUGAGGGUCCUCAAGGAGAUACACCUGAAUGACAACCACAUCAGGUCUCUGCAUCCCUCAGUCUUCCAUGGUCUGGUGAGGGCUCAUUCGCUGAUACUCUCUCGCAAUCAUCUCACCUAUUUACACCCGGACCAGUUCAGAGAACUUAUCGCUCUAAAAGAAUUAAAACUAGAUGAAAAUCACAUCGGCAGUCUUUCAACAAGCCUGUUCAUGAAUCUAACUCAUCUUGUUGCACUGGAUCUGAAUCAUAACCACAUCUUAAAGCUGUCUCCUGAUGACUUUGUAGGGUUGACCCACCUUAAAGAGCUCAAGCUGAGCUGCAAUCAGCUUAAUGACAUCCCAUUCAACACCUUCUACCCCCUCAACAGCCUCCGCAGGCUUCUGCUAAAGAACAACAGCCUGAAUAAUUUACACCUUCAGCUUUUUGCCCGACUUUCAAAUCUAACAGAACUCAACUUGGAUGAAAACAAGCUGGAUCACCUGCAGCCUGAUGUAUUUCAAGGGCUAACAAACCUCCAGAAAUUGAGUUUGAAGUCCAACCAACUCAGAUCAGUGGAGAAUGGGACUUUGGAGCCACUAAAAAGCCUUAAUGCUGUCUGUCUGUCAGGUAAUUUGUGGGACUGUUCCUGUGCACACAUUUUCUACAUCAGCAGCUGGGUAAACAUGCACAAAGACAAGCUCAGAGACCAGCCCGUCUGCUUCUUUUCCUCUUCUUCGUCACCCUUUACUGAGGAUACACCACUGUCUCAGGCAGCUCUGACUCCCCUGCUGCCACAAGAUCAUUGCAUUAAAAGUGCUGCAGGUGGCCCAUCAUCUUCAUUUCCGCUAGAAAUGCUGAAUCUGCUCAUUAUGUCUCUCAUAGCUGUCAGCUCACUGUGACAUCCUUUGUAGUGGUUUUGUGCCCUCUAAUCUUUUCUUCCUGCCUUUACAUUUCAUGUCUGCUCCUGGUGUUUCAGUAUCUGCACCACAACCUCAAUAUACUGUAUAUCUGAAUAACUACAAGUGCAUUUAAACAUUGUGUAAAUCACAUUUAUUAGGGAAAAUUUGCACUGGAAUAAUAUGAUUACGCUAGUCCAAGAUAGAUUAGUGUGUGUUAAGAGAGUUCUUGCAAAAUUGGAAACUGUUUAUGAUUUACUGGACAAUAAAAUGUGGGGAUAAGGGAUUUAAUGUGGAUAAGUGCAUAUAUGUUUCAGUAGUAUGAGUAAGUGGCACAUCUUGAAUUUCAAAGUAAAGCCUCACCAUUAGACAACAUGGACUCUAGUCUAGUGAUUUGCAACAUAUCCUGGUUUUGUACCUUGAUGAUUUAAGAGUAAGAUCCUUACUUCAGGCUGUGAGGAUUGAGUAUGUGUUAAAAAAUACUGUUUAAACUGUCUUGAUGACAGGAGAUAUGUUUGUAAUCUGUUGAUUGUGUUUGUGUCUGCAAUUAAUUUUGAUAGUAAACCAAUUCAAUAGAGAAAUGUUUUCAGCGCUUUAAGCUUCUUCUGAUAUAUGCCAAUAAAAGGAAAAAAAAAUCACAAGAUUUAAAGUUCAAUGUUCAUAAGAUUGACUUACAGUCGCAAAGUUGAGAUAUAACAAUACACUCCACAAGAGAAGCUACAGAUGAAACAUUCUUACAAAAUAACUGUUUCUGUAUUGUUCUCAGUCAGCACACCGGCUAUUCUAAUGCACACAAGGCAACUCACAGUUGUAUUUUAUUAAUCUAUUGGAGAUCAUCUGAAACAAGAAAAGAAAAGCCCUCUUCAUGGUCGUUAAACUGUUAUAAAUAUCAGUCUUACAACUUAAAUAAGGUUGAUAAAAAAAAAAAAAGUUGCUCAAAAUAAAAUCAAUCACACAUUAUAGUCUUAAAUUUUACAGCUUAGAUCAACAGUGAGCAAAAUACGGCUCAAAUGUAAAAUGUGAUUGUUUAUGACACCUCUAAACUGAGACUCUGAAAGUAAUGAAAAUGACUUGUAAACUUUUAAAUUAAUUUGACACAUUGCUCACCAAGUUAAAAAUUUCAAUUAUGAGACAGUUUAAAAAAUUUUUUUUAGAAGCCUACACAGCUGGGACCGUAUUCACAAAUAUUCUUAGAAUACUCUCAGAGAGCUCCUAACAAAGCAAAAAACAAAUAAGAAAAAAUAAAUAAAAAAUAUCUACAAGUAGUCUUAGCUUAGGAGUGAUUUUGGGGAAUUCUCAGAGCCACUCUGAGCAAGGAUGAGACAGAAACUUUUACCCCAGUGAGGAGGUGUGGUUGACCCUGUUGCUAGGUAUGAUGCAUUCUUUUAAAAGAUGUGAUUGGUUGCUCCUUUGUGAGCCUGCAAAGUGCAGACACCCGGUGGAAAUAAAAUGAACUGCAUCACAAUAUGAGACAAAGUGUUGGCAUUGUUAGUGUGAUCACCCUGCUGAUGGAAAGUUGAGACAGACCCGAGUCAUCACUGCUGCACUGUUGCAUUUUUCCAGAUGCCAAAUAUCUUAGUGUUGUGAUCACUUUAUUUCUAGUGUUAAAUCAUUAUUGCUGGGCGGAGAUGUGAGCACAUCUCUCAUGAGAUUAACCACAAACAGCAUGCCUGCACCAUCUAAUCUGUAGCAUUUCACUGACUCACUGACAUUCAGCAUUUGGAAAAUCUCUCUCUAAUCUUUGUAUUUCUGCCAUUUCCCUCUCUGCUUAAGAUAUUCUUAAAAGUCCUCCUCUAUACUCCCAACAGUUAUUCAUCUUAAGAGCUCUUUUAAGAGCUAAGGUGCUUUGUGAAUAACUUUUAUAUUUUCUAGGACCUAGUCUUAACUGUAUGGGGAAAUUCUUAGAAAAAGUCAUAAUUCUAAGAAAGUUCUAAUAAUUUUGUCACCAGAAGCAACUCUUUGUACGAGGAAGCUCUGUGGAUACAGCCCCUGAUCUUUAAUGAGGUGUUCGUUCUUACAAUUGAUUGGGCAAAAAAGUUGAACUCUUUGUUGUAGUGUCCAGCCUCAAACCGUACAGGCUGACUUUAUUUGAGUCCUUCUGUAUGAGUUAAAAAAGUUAAAAUGCUGACAGUAAUUGUCUUAAACUUUCUCCCAGACUUUUCUGACAUCUGCCAACAAAACCUGCUUACAAAUAUAUUGAGAUAAAGAACUAUGAGUACCUUCGCAUUACAUGGCUUACCACUCAAUUCUGAUGUUUUCCCCAGAUCCGAUCUCUCUGCCCUGACUGCUUACAUACAUGUUUGAAGUGAUCCCUAUCUACCGCCAACAUGAACAUAUCUCCGUCCUGAAACGCCUCACAUGCAACCAAUAAAGUCACACACAUGGAACAAAAAAAAAAUUCGCAAAAGGUAUUUAGGGGGUAAAAAUGAAUGACAUAGCAGCGCAAAUGUUCAUCUUGCGGAUGAUUUGCUGCAGAGGUCAGACGACAAUUCAUCAUACGUUGAGGAUGGGGCUGCCCACUGUUCCGAAAGCCCUAACAAUCUCCCAAACAGAAGCACAUGGCUAAUCAUAAUGCAGAACGAUGUCACUGGACCCUCAGAUUAUGGCCAUUGGUUAAGGUUAGGGUAAAAAUAUCAGGGAAAGCCAAUCAGAGGCUGAUUGGGGCGGAUCAUGCCUUUGUCCAUAGUAGGAAGGUCCAGUGCCAUCAUUCUGCGUAAUAAUUAGCCAUGUGCUUCUAUUUGGGAAAGUGUGUAGCAUAUUUUCGGAGAAAUAGCCCUUUAGAGCAAUGGGCAUUUAUACAAAUGGGCUUUCAGUCCACUAGCUCUAUUAGCAGCUAUUGCUUUUAGUUCUGUUAAGAGGAGGGUGUGGGUGUGGCCACAGAGGAGUCAGGAGUGGUGGGGCCACAACGUGGAGGGUUUUCCAUAGACACAGUUCUUCCAAAUCUUAGAAUGUCCAGGGCUGCCUUCUACUAUCUCUGUUGGCACCCCACGACAAUACUUUCAAGGCAUGUAGGCAAGUUGUCCCCAUCAAAAAGCGUCUGGCAGUCAGACUCUAUCGGGAGGUGACUGAGUGUUUGGGCCACAUUUGCCUGUAAUGUGAACGUAGCCUAAAAGGCUCUCCGUACAUGCAGAUGCCUCCAAUGAAAUGCAAACUGUUAAUGCAAAUUGUCAGUUAUUCCCACAUAUAAAUGUUGCAUGUUAUCUUUCUUUUAUCCAUGUUUUCAAUGUAGGGCACCACAUGCUUGUUUCUAAGUAGUUCUGACUGUGCCCAGUCAUUUACCAGCAGUUCUUUCCAACAAGAUCUCUAGUACCUUAUUCAAGCUGUUGUACUUGACUCACUCCCCGUAAGUCUGUCCGGUGGCAGGUAAUGCCUUAUAUUCAUUAAGGAGCCAUGUGUAGGAUUUAGUGUCAUCUAGUGGUGACGACUGCAGAUUGCAACCGGCUAAAACUUCUCCCAUGUGCCAAGCAUGAACUCCCGAUUAAGAUUCAAUCAGUGUUCAUCAUUCAGGAGGUUUUUACUCGGAGCCUAAUUGUCAGCAGAGGUCCUCUCCAAAACAAACUAUUCUCCAGGUGAUAAUACACUAAAGAAAACAUUCUUACUAUAUUUAAUUUCUGCUAACAUAUCC